UUCUUCUUCCUAGGAAAAAAAAAAAAAAAAAAAAAAAAAACUAAUUUAAUAAAAAAAAUUUUAAAAAAAAUUUAAGAAUAUUUUGCGAUUGUCUCUGAAAAAUUCCCAACCUGCCCUUCCUGGAAAAGUCAGGGGAAGCUGCUUCCCUCUCUUCUUCGCCAGGGAAAAGCAGUGUAUUGGGUUGUGGAAAAAUGUGGUGUAGAAUGGUGUUGAUGUCCAAGAAGAAGAAGAAGGGAGCUGUGCCUGUUUAUCUCAAUGUCUAUGAUUUGACACCCAUGAAUGGCUAUGCCUACUGGCUUGGCCUUGGAGUCUAUCAUUCUGGCGUGCAAGUUCAUGAUAUUGAGUAUGCUUUUGGGGCGCAUGAGCAUUCAACAUCAGGGAUUUUUGAAGUGGAACCAAAGCAUUGUCCUGGUUUCACAUUUAGGAAAUCAAUUUUGAUCGGAAGGACUGAUCUAGGUCCCGGGGAUGUCCGCAUGUUCAUGGAGAAAUUAGCUGGAGAUUACUGUGGAAACACGUACCAUCUUAUCACGAAGAACUGCAACCACUUUUGCAAUGAUGCAUGUAUCAAAUUGACAGGGAGACCUAUACCUAGUUGGGUGAAUCGACUUGCUCGACUUGGUUCUUUCUGCAACUGUGUCCUUCCCGCAGGUGUUAAUGAAACAAAAGUUAGGCAAGUUAGAUCAGGAGAUAGGGUUUAUGAAGGAGAGAAGAAGAAAUUGAGGAGCCAUUCAAGUAGGUUCCCCACUUCUGCGAAUCCUCCACCUCCCUCAGAUAAUCCUCAGCCAAUUUCACCGUCAUCUUGUCCUACAGGUACUGCAAUCACAAGUACUAGACAAAGACGUUGUGUCGCUCCUUCUAAAUCUUUGAUUCAUUCUUCUUCAACCUCAACCUUGACUUUAAAGCUUUAAUGGCAAUCUGGUUUGAUACUUUAUAGGAUUUUAGAAAUUAAACCACCCAACCAAAAAAAAAAAAAAAAAAAAAAAGAUGGGCAAAAUGGCAAGUUUCUUUUAAUUAGUUUUAUUGAUCUUUUCUCACGGUUGUUAAAACAGCUGCUUGGUAAAUGUUGCAGCUUUUCUGUUCUCUGUAAAAUCCACUGUUUUUACUUCAAUGGAAAUCUCUAAUGUCUCUCCAA